AUGCAGUCAGGCAUAUCAGUUUCUACGGAGGUCCAUGACGCCUUUGCGGGCUUCAUAUCUAACCCCUCGCUCUUCUGCCUGCCCAUCACAAUCACCGACGAGCAGCUUGUUCCCCUGCAACCCAUUUCUUUCUCGCAUGGAAGCAGCAGCGACGGUGAUGAUAACCGCCAGUUCUUUGCCUCGUUGCCGUCCCUCGCGGACCAUCUACAGCCCAAGACUCCUAUCUACCUCCUGCUCAGGCGGUCGCAGGAGCACGCAGAAACAGGCUUGAUAGCCCUCUCGUUCGUUCCCUCAAACAGCCCCGUACGCUCCAAGACACUUUUUGCAAGCACUCGAGCUGCACUCAUUCGCGAACUGGGAUCAGAGAACUUUGCGGAAAAUAUAUUCGCUACAGAUGUCGAAGAGGUGCUUGAUGAGGAGGAAUGGAAAGAGAGGGAACUGGACUUGAAUGCUAAGAGUGGUGCAGGUGGUGCGGGUGGUGAUGACAGACGAGAUGAGCUCAUGGGAGAACAAGAAAGGGAACUGAACGCUGUUAAAAGAGGUGAGAAUGAUGCAAGAGACAUGUGGAAGCGCAGGAUGGAUAUCGGUAUUGGGGGAACUGUUAGUUCGGAUGGAAAUAAGGGUGGCCAGCUAUCCGGAGCUGGAGCUUCUGAGAGCAGUACCCUAUUUAAAACUGGAGAUGGCGCCGAAGAAGCGUUACAGAUCCUGGGCCAAGAUGGGGCCGCCGUCUUCUUGGCUAUUGAUGUGAAAACAGAGACGUUGAACCUAGUGGGAACAGAGUCUAGCGUUGCGCCAGAAUCUCUAUCAGGGCACAUCCCAGCCUCAGAACCACAGUACACCUUCUAUCGCCAUCCCGGCUCCUCCGAGUUGAUCUUCAUUUACACAUGUCCUUCCGGUUCCUCCAUCAAGCAGCGCAUGUUGCACGCUAGUAGCCGUGCAGGAUUGUUGGUGUGGGCAACGCGAAACGGCGUCUCUGUCAAUCAUAAGAUCGAGGCAUCCGGUGCAGAUGAAAUCACACCCGAUAGACUGCAGGAGGAGAUAAGCCCGCCUGUCCAAGAGGUCAAGAAAGCAUUCGCCAGACCAAAGAGACCGGGUAAGAGGUAG